GAGUUGUAGGUGCAACUAGUGCGACUGGUAGAUCUGAAUAUAAAUUGUAGCUUUAAUUUAGAAAUCUAUUUGAUAUUUUUCGAGCUUGAAGCCUUUCACUUGUGUUUUCGGAAGCUGUUUGGAGUUAUUUUUUUAACAUGAACACUACUUCAAGGCUGUCGUAUGGAGAUUGAAAUUGGUUCUCCAGACAUUGAUGGGAAAUAGCGCACCUCGUUUAAAAUCGUUAUCCGAGUACUGCUAGUUAUUUUAUGAAAAUAUGAUAAUAUAAAUAACAAACUUGUACUUUUUAUCCUUGUCCAGAUUGUAUGACUACCAGUGACAGCCUGAAAAUUUGCUGCAUUUCCUUGAAUAUUAACCCUGUCCCUAAAUUGGUGGAAGUUCGAAGAGAGUUGAAAUUUGGUCUGCCACAUGACAAAAGCAACCGUGUGAAACUGACUGGAAACUUAUUACCAAUUGGGCCUGGUCGGAAUUGGACAUCUGAAAUCACUGGUCGAAAUCUUUCUGGAAUCCUUUAUCCUUUCCCAGACUUGAUUGUUCAGAAUGGUGCUUCUUACAAUGAUCGCACGAAUGGCGGAUGGGCUGCCUUUAGCAGCUUCGGUUCAGGAUGAUGAAGAGCAUGGCAAGAAUUUAAUUCAGUAUCAAACGCAAGCCAAACAAAUUUUCAAACGACUAACUCCGAGUUCUCCCAACCGAUGCACUAUUGAUUCUGGAAAUUAUUAUUUCCAUUAUAUUAUUGUGAACGAUGUUUGCUACCUGGUUUUGACAGAAAAAUCGUUCCCGAAAAGAGUUGCGUUCUCAUAUUUGGAGGAUCUGCAGAACGAAUUCGAUAUGCUGUAUGGAAACCGCGUGAAUACCGUCUCUCGACCAUAUGCUUUCAUUGAGUUCGAUAAUUACAUUCAGAAGGCGAAGAAGACUUUUAACGACAGCAGAGCGCGCCGUCAACUCGGACAGCUGAAUAAUGAACUGCAGGAUGUUCAGCGCAUCAUGGUCCAGAAUAUCGACGACGUGCUGCAGAGAGGCCAAGCGCUGUCGGACCUCCAAGAUAAAGCAGGGAUGUUGUCUGCCGCUUCUGAGAAAUACCGCAAGGACGCCAAAACGCUCAACAAGAAGGCCUCAACGAUUAAAAUUGCUGCAGUUAUUAUUCUGGUGGUCAUUCUUUUCCUUUAUGUGAAAUUUUCGUGGUUUUGAUGCGCAGUCAAGGGCGUAGGGAGAGAUGUUUUGUUCCCAGUAUUCUAAAUGUUUUGGUUUAACUGGAUUCUAAUUUAAUAGUGCUUUAACACUUUCCCGGAAAAACAGAAAGCACUCAUAAUACGAUUUAUUUAAUUGCGAUGAUAUUACGAGACCGACAUUACAUUAUGGCGAAACGCCAAAUUCUUCUUUUUGCAAUUUUUUCUGUUGCAGCAGAAGUCGUACGAAUCGAACAUUUCAUUCUUUGCUCAAACAAGCUCCUUAAUUCACAUUUAGGAGUUAAAGGAAAAAUUUUCUUUUGCUCUUGUUCAUUUCAAGUUGCUUGUGAAUCCAGAUAUAUUCUCCUUGUUCACUAUCAAACGUUCCCUUCUGCAGCGCCCGU